AUGGAGACCACAGCCUGUAAUGGAUCAUCAGAAGGCUCUUCACCCAUCUUCUACCUGGUGGGCAUCCCCUCCGUACAGCCGUUCCUCUUCCUCCCUGUCUUCUUUAUCUUUCUGCUCUUCUAUAUCCUGAUACUUGUGGGCAAUACCUUGAUCCUGGUGGCUGUGGUGGCAGAGCCCAGCCUCCACAAGCCCAUGUACUUUUUCCUGAUCAACCUCUCAGCCAUGGACAUCCUUUUCACCACAUCCACUGUCCCCAAGAUGCUCUCCCUUCUCCUAUUCAAGGACCAUUUCCUAAGCUUUCCUGCCUGCUUCCUGCAGAUGUACCUCUUUCACAGCUGUGCCUGCUCUGAAGCCUUCAUCCUGGUGGUCAUGGCCUAUGACCGCUAUGUGGCUAUCUGCCGCCCACUGCACUACCCUGUCCACAUGACGCCACAGACCAACGUUGCACUGGCGGCCAGUGCCUGGCUCACUGCCCUCCUCCUGCCCAUCCCAGCAGUGGUAAAGACCUCCCAGAUGGCAUUUGACAGCACUGUUCAUGUAUACAACUGCUUCUGUGACCACCUGGCUGUGGUCCAAGCCUCCUGCUCUGACACCACCCCUCAGGCCUUCAUGGGCUUCUGCAUCGCCAUGGUGGUGUCCUUCCUGCCCCUUCUCCUGGUGCUUCUCUCCUAUGCCCACAUCCUGAACUCGGUAUUUCACAUCAGCUCCCGAGAAGGCCGCUCAAAAGCCUUCUCUACCUGCAGCUCCCACCUCCUGGUGGUCGGCACCUACUACUCAUCUAUGGCCAUAGCCUACGUGGCCUACAGGGCGGACCUGCCCCUCGACUUCCACAUCAUGGGCAAUGUGGUGUUCGCCAUCCUCACCCCUGUUCUCAAUCCCCUCAUCUACACUCUGAGGAACAAGGAUGUGAAGGCAGCCAUCACCAAAAUGGUACAUCCCCAGGACCCAGGGCUCUCCAGGGUCCAGCAGUUAAUGCAGCUCCCAGGGCACCAGUGUUCUAAGAACAGAGAAGGUCACCAAAAAAGUUCUUUAAGGAAAGCAUGA